GGCGAGCUCAUGGCGGGGCUUGAACCUGUGGACGGGGAGUUGAGGAGGAAGAGGAGGAAGAAUCCCAAGGCCGCGGCAGCAGGUCAGGAUCAUGGGCGCACUCGCUGGACACUUCAUUAGCCUUCCCAGUUACCACGGAUAUUUGACUUCUGAAGCCGUCAAUGGCAGUGAAUGUGUUAACGUCCCCUGUAUGAGGUCACCGCAUUGCCCGCACAUUCGGGCAUUCAACGCAUUCCUAAUGGGUGUUUUUUUAAACACCCACACUUGUCAUCAGCCUUGUGAUGUGAAUGUGUGUGUGUGUGUGUGUUCACUUGCAACACGCAGUGUACACAGGUGUGACAUAAAACCUGGGUAGGUGAUGUGGGUGGAUAUGGUGAUAUUGAUGUAGUGCAUUAACAGCGGGAGUUGAAGUCUUUCACCGGGAAAAGUGCAGGUGUUGAAACACCCACAUUCCCGCAGGUGUUUUGAAAAGUGUGACUGUUGAAACCUUCCACCUAAAAAAGUGCAAGUGUUGAAGCCUAACACCAGGAAAAUUGUAGGUGUGAGUGACCCACAUCCCACACAGGUGCGAGGAAAAGUGUGGGUGUUGAAACCUUUCACCAGUAAAAGUGUGGGUGUUGAAAACCUUUGCCUGAAAAAUUUGGGUGUCGAAACAUUUCAUCACGAAAAGUGAGGGUGUUGAAACAUCCACAUCCCCUGCGGGUGCACCAAAAAGUGUGGGUGUUGAGACUUUGCAGCCGCGGGGUCAAAUGACGAAGGUGUGGCUGAAGUCACACAACAGCUGGAGAAGACAACGCUGGAGGACAAAGAAGAGCGGGACGAGGACAGCCGAGAAGACGGUAACGCUUCGUCGUCAUGGUGACGAAAGUGAAAGCGAGACGCUGACACCGAACCACGCUUUUUGGCAGUUGGCGACAAGGAAGGUAACUCAACUGCCAAGAGGAAGAAGAAGACAAAAAAGAGAGGAAUGAAGGGACAGACUGACCCCCCCUCCGUCCCCGUUUGCCAACUUUAUCCCAGCGGAGACUUCCCCAAGGGAGAGGAGUGCGAACAUCCGCUCCUAAAAGACGGGCGCAGUGCGGCGUGCCGGACGUCCAGUGAGGAGAAGCGAGCUCUGGACUCGGCCAACCGGGAGAUGUGGAGCGACUUCAGGCAGGCGGCCGAAGCUCACCGCCAGGUUCGCUCGUAUGUGAGGAGCUGGAUCAGACCUGGCAUGACUAUGAUUGACAUCUGUGAGAAGCUGGAAGAUUGCUCCAGGAGACUCAUUAAGGAGAACGGGCUCCAAGCGGGUUUGGCUUUCCCCACCGGCUGCUCUAUCAAUCACUGCGCUGCCCACUACACCCCGAACGCGGGAGACCCCACAGUGCUGCGCUACGACGACGUCUGCAAAAUAGACUUUGGAACUCACAUCAACGGCCGAAUAAUAGACUGUGCCUUCACCGUCGCUUUCAAUCCAAAAUACGACAGACUGCUGGAGGCUGUGAGGGAUGCGACAAACGCCGGAAUCGAGUGCGCAGGUAUCGACGUGCGCCUGUGCGAUGUCGGCGAGACCAUCCAGGAGGUUAUGGAGUCCUACGAAGUGGACAUCGAUGGCAAAACGUAUCAAGUGAAGCCCAUUAGGAACCUCAGUGGUCAUUCCAUUGGACGGUACAGGAUACACUCAGGGAAGACCGUCCCUAUUGUAAAAGGCGGAGAGGCCACACGGAUGGAGGAAGGCGAAGCUUACGCCAUCGAGACAUUUGGCAGCACGGGCCGUGGCGUAGUGUACGAUGACAUGGAGUGCUCGCAUUACAUGAAACAUUUCGACGUGGGACAUGUGCCGAUAAGACUUCCAAGGACCAAACACCUACUGAACGUGAUCAACGAAAGUUUCGGCACGCUGGCGUUCUGCCGCCGCUGGCUGGACCGGCUGGGCGAGAGCAAGUACCUGCUGGCGCUGAAGAAUCUGUGCGAGCUGGGCAUCGUGGACCCGUACCCGCCUCUGUGCGACAUCAAGGGCAGUUACACGGCGCAGUACGAACACACCAUCCUCCUCCGGCCCACCUGCAAAGAGGUGGUCAGUCGGGGCCACGACUACUAAGACUUUACGAGCCCAGUUAUUCCUGACUUCACAAUGCGGGUCAUGGCUUCUCUGCUCAGAAGCCAUCUCUAGUAACCUGCACACAUUAUUACAUUUAAUAAUCAGCAGUAAUUGUUUACACUGUAGGCAUGUUAUUAGAUAAAUAUCAAUUCCCUAGUGCUCUUGAUGGAAUAGUUACAUAUAAGAUGGUAUUACAUCAUUAUUUGUGCUUCUCUUUUCCUCUCCAAAUGAAACAAAGGGCAUAUGGAGUGUUGUUGCACUGCUUUUAGGAAAUAUGAAAUAACAAAUGUACAAUAUGCAAAGAUAUUGCCCAAAUGUUUGCUGUCUUUACCUUAUCAGAGUAUUGAGUUGGAACUACAGGUAUAUCUCAAUUCAUUAGAAUAUGUUGAAGGAAAGUUCAUUUAUUUUAGUAGAGUGAAAUAAAUUAAAUAACA